CCGGACUAAGAGUAAAUGAAGCCAUAAAUUUUGAUUAUCAUCUAGAACAUCCUGCUUCAGAAUACAAAGGUUUAUAUUUAUUACGAGGCAAGGGAAGCAAAGAAAGAUAUUUCUUAAAGGAGGCAAAAGAAAGCUUAAAUAUUCCUAAUCAUAUUGAACUAACCCCUCACACUUUAAGAAGAAGUUUUGCUACUUAUAACGCCAUUUCCGGAAUGCCUUUACCAAUUUUACAAAAUGUUCUUGGUCAUGCUAAUUUAAGAACCACGGCUUUAUAUGUGAAGGCGAGAAUAACUAAUGAAAUUCAUCAACAAGUUAAGUUUCAGGGGUUUAGUGGUUUCAAAGAUUUUUCCGAAGAGACUAAAAUGGGACAUUGUGAAGCACCAAACUUAACUGAACAUUGGCAAGCACUAGAUGGAAAAAAAGUAGAAGUAGAUUUAGAGGGAUUAAUUGGGACUAUAGCACAUGAAUUGGCUCAUGCUUAUCAGUUCGUUGCUAACCUUGGAAAAGGAGAAGAAUUAAGCCAAUGCGAAAGCACGGGAGAAAGAGAUGCUAAUGGUAAUCUUUUAUAUCCGGGGUUAGCAGCGGAGCAUACAGUUUUAACGAAGGAGAUUAAGGAAAUGAUUGAAAGCUCGGCGGAGUAUCAAGAGUUUAAAAACCAUGGUAACACCACAAAUAAAGUCACCUAUAAAAACAGAGAAAUUUGUGUAGAUUGCCACCAUGAAUUAGUUAGAAAAGAGCAUCAGCAAAAGCAAGAGAAUCAAGGAAGCCAACAGAGUAAAAAAUGUGCCAUUUGUGGAAAAGUUCAAGAUAAAGAAGAUUUUCAUUUGGCUACUGAUACAAAUACCGGUAGACAAUUAGGUUAUUAUUGUGAACCUUGUAAGGAAGAGUUAGAAAAAAGGACAAAAGAAGAGGAAAAAUGUCAAGUUUGUGGCACAACCGAGAACACUUUUAACAUGGCUCAACGAACUUCCAUGGGGAGUGGCGAAGUAAUAGAGGAAGGAGGAUGA